AUGAGGAUCGCUACGAGAGAAGUCGAAGAGACGAUGACCGUGACCGUGAUCGCAGUCAUCGGAGGAGGCACUCCAGAUCUCGGAGUCCUGAUCGACGCCACCGUGACCGCGACAGAGACAGAGACAGAGAUCGUGACCGAGAUCGCGAUGCCUACCGUCGCCGAGACCGUUCCUUAG